AACCUUUCCGAGUUUUCAAGACUGGAAAGCUGUCGCUCCUCAUCAACUUACCUGAUUUCACUUCCUUCUAACUUGGUUCUGAUCAAGCCAUAUCGCAGGAAACAUGCAUGUCCUGCGUUUCUUGAGCGGUGUUCUUGGAAAUGCAACUGGUCUGUUCCUUUUCUUGGCGCCUAUGGUUACGUUCAAGAGGAUCAUAAGAAACCGGUCGACUGAGCAGUUCUCUGGCAUCCCCUACGUGAUGACCCUUCUUAAUUGCAUCGUCUCCACUUGGUAUGGCCUACCAUUUGUUUCACGAAACAAUAUUUUCAUAUGGACCAUUAAUGGCACUGGAGGUGUGAUUGAAUUCACAUACAUAGUGAUCUUCAUUAUAUACGCACCAAAAAAGGAGAGGAUGAAAGUUAUGGGACUCUUUGCUCUUAUUAUGACUGUGUUCUCGGCCAUCGCCUCCGUCUCCCUCCUUGCGUUGCAUGGAAACACCAGGAAAUUCUUCUGCGGUGUUGCUGCGGCCCUUUUCUCUAUUAUUAUGUAUGCUUCGCCUCUCUCAGUCAUGAGGAUGGUGAUCAAAACAAAGAGUGUAGAGUUCAUGCCAUUUUUCUUGUCACUGUUUGCAUUCCUGUGCGCCCUGUCGUGGUUCAUCUACGGCCUUCUUAGCGGCGACCCGUUCGUCCUUGUGCCUAAUGCAUUCGGAACUGGAUUAGGGAUUGCCCAGCUGAUCUUGUAUGCAAUCUACUACAAGAACAGGAAUCACAACGAAAGCGCCAUUAAGGAUGACUUCAUCGAGAUGGAUCUCGAAAAGAUUGAUCGAGUGAAGAAGCCAGAUUCAAGGCAUCUUUAA